CACCAGAGACAGCAGCAGUUUGUGCAGGUUCAACAGGCUUCUGCUCUUUGGUCAAAUAAACCCCUGCAGCUCUAGUUCCAGCAACUACCCCCUUCUUUUGGUUAACCAGGGAGGAGGAGGAUGGCCUAUGCUGAGGAAGACAGAAAUAGCUAUGAGGUGUGUAAGGAAACAGCAGAUUGGUUGCGUGCCCGCACUGCCCAGUGCCCAAAGACUGCCAUCAUCUGUGGAUCUGGACUGGGAGGCCUGGCUGAUGUGUUGGAUAACAAGACAGUCUUUCUGUAUGAGGAGAUCCCUCACUUCCCACAGAGCACAGUUGCAGGGCAUCUUGGCAGAUUGGUGUUUGGGGAGCUGAAUGGACAGCCCUGCGUGUGUAUGCAAGGACGUUUCCACUGUUACGAAGGGUACUCUGUCAGCAUGGUUACUUUUCCCAUCAGGGUCUUGUUUCUCCUGGGGGUGGAGAUCUUGAUUGUCACAAACGCUGCUGGGGGACUGAAUCCCAACUUCCAAGUGGGGGAUAUCAUGUUCAUUAGAGAUCACAUCAGCAUGUUUGGCUUGGGAGGACAGAAUCCACUGCGUGGGCCAAAUGAUGAGAGGUUUGGAGUGAGGUUUCCCUGCAUGUCAGAUGCUUACGAACAAGACCUGCUUGGCCUGGCAAUGGAGAGUGCUCAGGAGCUGGGCUUUGUGAGCUUCACUCGAGAAGGAGUGUACUGCCAGCUGGCUGGGCCCUCCUAUGAAACCAUUGCUGAGUGCCGUGUGCUGCAGGCACUGGGAGCAGAUGCUGUAGGCAUGAGCACCAUCCCAGAAGUAAUUGUAGCCAGGCACUGUGGCCUCCGCGUUCUUGGGAUCUCCCUCAUCACAAACAAGGUGGUGAUGAGCUACAACAGCCAAGAGAAAGCCAACCAUGAGGAAGUGCUGCGCAUCUCGGUGGUCCGGGCUGAAGCCUUGCAGAAACUGGUCAUAUGCCUCCUUGGCAAACUGGGGGAAAGCACAAACCCUUUGUGACCUCCACCCUUCUGUCAUUUGUAUCCUAAUGUGUGAACACUAACAAAUGGUGAGACUGUUGUCUGAUAUUGAAUAGACCUGUUGAUCUUUGUACCUGUGCUUUAGCUGUUCAGGUGCAGAGGCUUGCUUUGCAUUUUGCCAGACUGAUCCCCUUGUUAGCAGCCAGUGACCAAAAUGGCUUUCUGGAACACAAACAGAGUUGGACCUCUGGCAGAUUCCCAAGCCCACAUCAGCAAUGAGCCCCAUGGUGCUGUGAGCUCCAGCUCUAGCUCUCCCAUCAUUUUGCUACAGAGCUCUUUGG